AGGGCUGAGGACAGGACGCCUCAGGAUCAGGAGACUCCUCUCAGGAGGUAAAAUCCUGCGCCCAGCUGUCUCCUUUCUUCAGAAGUCUGGCAAUCCAGUGCGGGACCCUGAAAUAUCGGCUGUUUAUUUCUCACCUGCUUAGCCCUCAGAUUUUCCAAAUAGUGUGAUUUGCCAGCCCGGUGUGCCUGGUGCUCAGGGACGUGGACUUGUGCCGGCACGAUGCGCGUGGUAGUGAUCGGAGCGGGUGUCAUCGGGCUGUCCACCGCCCUCUGCAUCCACGAGCGCUACCGAUCAGUCCUGCCAUCCCUGGACAUGAGGGUCUACGCCGAUCGCUUCACCCCGCUCACCAACACCGACGUGGCGGCCGGCCUCUGUCAGCCCUACCUCUCGGACCCCAGAAACCCACAGGAGGCGGAUUGGAACCAGCAGACCUUCGACUAUCUCCUGAGCCGCGUCCAUUCUCCCAACGCCGCAAACAUGGGCCUGGCCCUCGUCUCAGGCUACAACCUCUUCCAUGAAGCUAUUCCGGAUCCCUCGUGGAAGAACACAGUUCUGGGAUUUCGGACGCUGACUCCCAGAGACCUGGACAUGUUCCCUGAUUACAGCUACGGCUGGUUCAACACAAGCCUGAUUGUGGAAGGGAGGAGGUAUCUACAGUGGCUGACUGAAAGGUUAACUGAGAGGGGAGUGAAAUUCUUCCAGAAGAAGGUGGAGUCUUUUGAGGAGGUAGCAAGAGGAGGUGCCGAUGUAAUUAUCAACUGCACCGGGGUGUGGGCUGGGUCAUUGCAACCGGACCCCCUGCUGCAGCCAGGCCGGGGACAGAUCAUUAAGGUGGAUGCCCCUUGGAUGAAGCACUUCAUUAUCACCCAUGACCCAGAGAAAGGCAUCUACAAGUCCCCGUACAUCAUCCCAGGGAUCCAGACAGUGACUCUUGGAGGCAUCUUUCAGCUGGGGAACUGGAGCGAGGUAAACAACAUCCAGGACCACAACACCAUCUGGGAAGGCUGCUGCAGACUGGAGCCCACACUGCAGGAUGCAAAAAUCGUUGCUGAGUUGACUGGCCUCCGGCCAGUACGCCCCCAGAUUCGGCUAGAAAGAGAACAGCUUCGUUUUGCAUCUUCAAACACAGAGGUCAUCCACAACUAUGGCCAUGGAGGCUACGGGCUCACUAUCCACUGGGGCUGUGCCCUGGAGGCAGCCAAGCUCUUUGGGAAAAUUCUGGAAGAAAGGAAGUUGCUCAAGAUGCCGCCACCUCACCUCUGAAAACACCAGUAACCACCACCUCCCCAAGGACUCCCCGCUCCCCUCGGCCAACCAAUCAGUGUAUCCCCCUCUAAGCUGUCUCUUCUCCACUUCAGCCCUGGCUCCUUUCUGCAAGAAGUACCAGAGGAGAGGAAGAUCCCAAGGCCAUUUCUGGAGGCGAGUCCAUCCCUAUCUGGGGCUCCCUUUGAUCACUGGGGUCUCUCCACCCACUCUGGGCCUGACAGUCUGAAGAGCAGUUGGGGGCCAUUAUACUGCAAGUCCUUAGAAGAAAGGAAAGCUCAGAAAAUCGAAGGGGCGGAGCGCCUGGGUGGCUCAGCAUCCAACUUCCGCUCAGGUCAUGAUCUCACAGUUCACGGUUUUGAGCCCCACACCAGGCUAUGUGCUGUUAGCACGAAGCCCACUGUUGAUCCUCUGCCCCCCCCCCCCCGCCCCCUGCUCGCACUCGCUCUCUCUCUCUCUGUCUCUGUCUCAAAAAUAAACAUUUUUUAAAAAGGGAAAUGAAAGGGGCAAGCAGAAAAUUGAGGACCAUUUAGGUUAGGUCAGGUGACCUGACGACAAAUUACUAACAUAUUAAAGGUUCUGGGAAGUCCUGCAGCAAAGACAUCUAUCUGAUGUUCCUUCACCCAGCCUUCCUAAACGCAUUUGGCUCCGGAAACCUUUUUGCCCAGAGCACCCAUGCCACGGAGCGCACUUGAGGGAAGGCUGCGAUAGAUCUCCUUGCAGGAAGUCCCACGCAGAGCUGGAGUAUAGGGAGGCAGAAGAAGUGAGGCAUUGAACUAGCCACAUACGAUACCCGUCCCAUAUCCAGGAUUCCCAACAGCAUCAGCAACCUGCUGAACGGCCCCGUGAGCCCCGAGGAGGGGCCACUGGAGGGAACAUCCCACAAGGGACCCCUUCACAGAGAACUGAACUCACCACGCAUAGUCCUUGUUGGGGGGGCGGGGGCAGAUUUAAUGUCUUUCUUCUCUUCUGGCUGGCACCCCUCUGAGAUGACAAAUGGACUUCCAGAUGUUUCUGAAAGCCUUUAAUGAACCUACAGGGCACCUUAGCAUCUCUGUCCCUAAUUACCUGCCUCAGGCUCUGAGGUAGAAUUUGCAUCUGUCUGGGCUUUUGCGGGAGAUCAGAGCCUGGAGGAAGCCUUCCUGCAUCUGGGACCCGUGGCCCCCUUAGUGCCGUGACGAGGUCUUGACUGGCCCGUGCCAUGCCGUCUACAUCCACGCCGUCACCGUCUUCUCCUUCCCAUGCUCAGUGGGGUCUUCGUGAUUUGGGAUGGCACUGAGCUAAAUAGAGUGAGAGAUCCAAGAGCUAAGGUAGAGUUCCUAUCCUAGGAAUAAGAAUAAAUCAUUAUUAUUAUACCUAAAAUUGAUUGCAUUCUAACUGGGCGUCAGUGCUAACUUCUUGCAUAAGUUAUUCACGUUAUUCCCAGUCAACAGCUGGGAAGGGGUAGAAAGGAGAUUCUGGGCCAGGAAUUGAUGAAUUUAGAGAGUAUUAUCUUUCCUCGUUGAAUUGUCUUGGUACCUUUGUCAAAAAUCAAUUGACCACAGUGGCGCCUGGGUGGCUCACUCGGUUGAGCGUCCGACU